UAAUGGAUUACAGACAAUCAGUAGACAAGAAGUAAGGGUUUCAGGCUUAAUAAUUGAUAAUUUAGGCAGAUAAAUCUAGAUAACAAUCCAGCCUCAAAGCACACCCUCUUCGUGAACAGCUCCUUUGAAAUGUCCAGAGGUGACCAUGAACGGAGGAAUAAGUUAAUACAGGCUAUUCAGGAAAAAUAAAAAAAAAGAUAAGGAGAAAAGUAAAAGAAAAGCAUUAAAAGCGAAAAUAAUCGCUCAGCAGAAACUUCAGGAAAAGAUUAACUCAAAGCCUGAUACCUUCAAGACUGUCUUUGAGAAGAAUAUGAAUAAUAUCAAAGAUUCUAUGGCUGAAGAACUCAAGUCAAGCUAUGCUUACAGUGCAGCUGAUAGUCCUGUCUUGAUCAGGAAAUAACUCCAAGAUUUCAGAUGGUGAGAAUAAGCGCAAUAUGUUCCGUAACAACAUUAAUUUUCAGCCUCAAGCUUCUCAGUCAACCAUCUUCAGAUCAGAAAAUCAGAGUCCUAACCAGAGACUUUUUAAGGGAAAUAUAUCAAUUAAAAAAUUUCUGAACAAGAAUCACAGCUUCAUGCAGAGAUCCUUGGCAGCAUCUCCCAAGAACUCUCAGAUCUCUAGUGAGGAGCAGAUCCCAAUCGUGGUGAAGAGCCCCAGUAAAGCAUCUGGGCUUGCAGCCAAGAUAACCGAUCCGGGUGCACAGCCAAACAUGAUGAAGAAGUUGGUUAUCAAUUUUUCAGGAAAAUCUGUAAACAAUCCAGAAGUUAAGUUUCGAAGGAGGGCUCAUAAACUUAGCUAUGCUAAAUUUAUCCCCAGAAUAAAUUUAGAAAAGACUACUUUAAAAGCAUUACCUCUGAACAGCAAGACUUUGGCUUCCAAGCCAAGUUUCACAAAGAGCAAGUCUUUGAAUCAGUAUCAGAAUUUUAAAUCCCCUAAUAGGAUAAAGAAGGUACUGUUCAAAGAUAAGAAACUGUUGAACAAUGGUAUCAGAAUCAAGCUUUCAAGACAGCCUUCUCCUCAGAGAAGGCUGCGGCCUAAGAGCCGAGGUCAUAGUGUCAGAAGACCAUUAAGCAAGAUGCAAUUUUCUAAGUUCAAACGAAUUGAUUCAGCUCUAAAACUAAUGCAUCAAUCUCUAUACGACUUCAAAGGAACUCUAAACACCUGUAUCAAAAAUACCAACAGAAGUUUCCGGAAGAACUUCAUCUCCUGUAGCACAAAGAAGAUUUUCAAGAAGAAGAAGCAUAAACCUUUCGAGCCAUUUCCCAUCGAGGACUACCUAGACCAGUCCAUUGACGACCAGUGGGGAAUGUAGGCAAAUA